AUGUCACAACCCAACGACGGUCGCAUGCUCAAUUACAACGUCAAGGUCAAGCGCUUGAGGUUGAAUGCAACUAUGUCCUUGGCGUAUACGGCUCCCGGAAUGGGGCUGUUCGAUUUGGGCGCUCUCAUUCCGCAUUUAUCCCAGCUGUCUGAGAUAGAUAUUUUCGACCCCACUCACCGACCUCCAUAUCGAAGGAACGCCCCAGCCCAACGCUGGCAUUACAGUGAGAGCCUGUUCAGUUCUCUCGAGACAUCCGAGGUUCGCUUGAAAGCUUGGACUUGGGAGUCUAGUAUGAUGGACAGAGACUGGGCCAGCUCAGAGAUGCGGAUGCACGAGAAGCCUUACUUCCAAACUCUUGAAAGGCUUGCUCUCAGAAACUUCCAAGCAAAGUCAAAGAGAACUAAGAACGGUGCGGCAGGUACCCAUGAGGAGCAAUUGGCGGCGGCCCUGAAAUAUCUGCCAAGACUGAAAAGCUUGUCCUUCGAGUCUUCCUCCAUCAUCACUGACAAGUUCCUUCCAUUACUGCCAGCGGGGCUCGAUACCCUCCAUAUCAUUAACUGUAAUGAUUUCGCUUCGGAGGGACUGCACACGUUUCUUUCACUUCAGGGGCAACAACUCAAGGAGCUUGUUCUGAACCACAACCAGGCGCUGGACAUUGCGUUUCUGUCCGAUCUUGGGAUUACCUGUCCUAAUCUUGAGAUAUUGAGGAUGGACCUCAACUACUACAAUUCUCACAGCACCAGUCACGACUCGGAUCCGAAAUAUAUCGAUCUGCUCAAGCCGGAUGAGGUUCCUAGCUGGCCUUCGACCCUCAGGACAUUAGAGCUGAUGCAUCUCCGGAAAUGGACCUCUGAAGCCGCCAAGACUUUCUUUGCGUCUUUGAUUGACUCUGCAGAAAGGCUGCCAGACCUUCGAAGACUGGUUAUCCACGCGAUACUAAACAUCAGUUGGCGCGACAGGGCAGGCUUCCGUGAUUUCUGGCUUGGCAGACUUUCGAAGGUCUUCCUGCGGAAGUCUCCACCACCCAAUCCUCACCUUAUGUCACUGAAGGCCUUCCGGCUAUGGAGACAAUCCCAGGAAGGGGGUACUCACCUAAGAGCGGGUGAGAGCCGAACCAGACCAAUCGCCAGCACGGAUCUCUCAGAAAGGACCAGCCCCGCUGUAGUCAUUCGGAGGCGAGCGAUCUUGGACAGUGACGACGACGCGCCAGUAAUUCAUAAGCGUCGAACGCCUACGCAGAUCAACAAGAAAUCAAGCUUGCCGACUCCCGAAGCGAACACCGAUGAGGAGAGCUCAUGGCACAAGCGCCGCCUGCGGCCGCGGACAAAUACCUAUAUGGAGACCGCGUCAAGCGACGAUGACAGUCCAUCCGAAACCGGGGCGGACGAGGACAUAUUCAUCCAAGGCUUGUGUGAGGUGGUUGAUCUACGCAUCGACAAUCUGCGGCCGCGGGAUACUCUUUUCAGGGAAGUUGACUUCCUUGAUGAGGAGGCUAGUGGUGACGAGGACUGGAAUGGCAACGAUGAGAUACCUGGCUCUGGAGACUACGCAUGGUAG